AUGUUAUUGCUCGUGAACGUCGAACGGCAUCAGGAAGUUCUUGGCAAAAUCGUUGCUGAUUUGGUCAAAUAUGGAGUGCCAAUAUCCUUAGUAGCCGGCACGGACAAAAUCUGCACACGAUGUUCUUUUGUGGAAAAGUUUAACUCAAAAAGAGAAGGAGAUCAACCUCUCAUCGUUGGUUUACCACAAGUUGGACUCCAUGUGCAGACAACGAUGAAUGAAGUUAAGGAUGAAGCUAGAGAAGAAGGCCCUGCGGAUGGUGAUCGCAAAAGUGAAAGCCCGUGUGUUAUGGCAGCGGCAACAACGACGGCAACAAACGAAGUCGAUCAGGCUAUCAAG